AUGAAAAUUUUAGAAAAUCUGUUACCAAUAUGCCAAGAGACUGAAACCGAAACAUCAAACUUAAUGUGAUUAUCAGGCCAGCCCUGCGGUCUCCAUAUGUUUAAUCUGAAAUCCAGGCGUAAAACUACUCACGAAAUUAUGAUUCCUAAAAUAGAACUUGAGCAAUCCUCUUGUGAUUGUCUUUUGCCUGAUAAUAAAAUAUUUUGCUCUGGAAGUUUUGAAUGAAAAACCAUAGAACACAUUUAUUUUAUAAUUAAUGAAGAUUAUUCUGUCAAAAUUUUACCUUCACAAGUCAUAUAUAUGGGGUGCUCUGCAACUUAUUAUAAUAAUUAUGUCUAUAUCUGUGGAGAUGCAACUGUUAUUAGAUUCGAUUUAAUUAUAUAUUUACAUAUAAAUAUGAAUUUUUAAUAAAUAUAAUAAUAGAAAUAAUUUUAGAUAUUUAUAUGAAUAAUUGAAGAUGGGAACAACUAGCAAGGCUUAGUGUCUGAUCAUAUUCGCAUACGUGUGUGCCAUUCAAUGGCAUGAUUUUGAUUUCAGGGAUUGAUUUUAGGGAUAUUUUUAUGCUAGAUUUAUUAUCUCUGUCUUUAUCUUCAUGCCAGCUUAGAUUGGAAACAAAUUGAACAAAAAUCCUUUUCAAGUGGGAAAAUUCAGCUUAUUUGGUUGAUUUUUCUGGGAAAAUAUAUAAGAGUGAUAAUGGUAACCCUUUCAAUUGGAAUUUUAUAGGAAAUUGCAACCCAUUAAAGCGUUGCAUAUAUGGGCAUAAAGCUUUCUAUAAGGAUUCAUUGUAUUUUUAUGCAGGCCUUUUUCUUUUAAAAUUUGAUCCGAAUAAAAAGAAUUUAGAAAAAAUUGAUUUACCAUUUGAUUAA